UAUAUAACGUUGGGUACAUGUUGCGGUGCGCAGUCCGCUACUUACAUUCGCACGACAUGUUUCGACUUCUGUGCCUCGCGGUGGCUUUCUGCUGCACCCUGGACGCGCGCGCCGCAACAUUGCCGUCCUUCCUGAGAGCUUGUUCGGCGUCAGACCCAAAUCUUAGUCAGUGCGUGGAGAAGGUGAUAGCGGUCGGGGGAGGGAAAUUCGCAAAGGGAAUCCCGGAGCUGGGAAUUGCGUCCCUUGAUCCGGUACACCUGGGUAGGGUGGUCGUCGACAACCCCGCUUUGAAACUCACCUUCGACGACACCGUCGUUACCGGUCUCGGUGACUUUGUCGUGAAUUCUUUUAAGAUUGACACGGAGAAAGGAAAAGCUACACUAGACUUUACCGCUAAUGUAACACUGAAGGCACAUUAUGACAUGGAUGGGCAGGUGCUCAUCUUGCCAAUUAGAGGAAACGGAGAUGCCAAAAUAAAAAUCACCAACCUUAAUAUCGUGAUCAAGUAUGACUACAAGACUGUCGACGGUUACUGGACGGUGACGGGUUACAAAGAUAGCUACAACAUGGACCGUGCGCAUUUCAAAUUCACUAACCUUUUCAACGGCAACAAGGAGCUGGCAUCUACAAUAAAUAGAGUGAUCAAUGACAACUGGGAGCCUGUAAUCCGUGACAUCGCUCCUGUGGCCUUCCAGACUAUUAUCAGUGCGUGUGUCAACGAGGCUAAGAAACUGUUUGCUGCCGUCCCUGCUGACCGAUUACUGCUGCCUUGACGGAAGCGGAACAAACAAUUAUCAGGAUUAUCUACAGAAAAUCGGGUUUCCGUCACCAGUGAAGAGACGAUUUCUAAUUGCAUAUUUAUAAUACCGGAUCCCGCCCAGUUUGCCUUUUAUAGUCUUUAAGUCCUAGUUCUAUUUUUAUUCGUACUUAGUUUUAACUUCAUCUGAAAUUAGUGACUAUUAGUGAUUAAGAAAUUACGCAUAAAUAUAAGGAAAGGGUUCUAAAAUGUUGUUCUAGAAUAAAAAAAAAUUAUAAUGUAUAACAGCACUAAUGUAAUUUUAUGUUGACUUGUUAUUAAUAAUUGUGGUAGUACUAGUAAUCAUGUUUUACAACAAACCGGUAGACGAUCCAGGCUCGUUGGCGUAAGGUCGCCGGUUGCACAUUUCCGUAUGAAUAUUGUAACUUCCUCUCGGUGCGCAUAUUCCUCUCUUCGGGGCCAGCCACCACAAAGCCAGCGUGUAUUUGCAACUCUAUAUACUUUCCGUUAUUUUUUAUACCUACUUAAUGAGUCCUUAGUCUUUUAUUUAUUAAUAUCGCGUUCAUUUAUCUAUGUACGUCUACGAUAUAAACACUAUUUAUUAUAUGGUUAAUAUAUUGGUAGUUAAUUUAUCACAUUAAUGUUGUGUCUAUUCACACAUGUCUUAACAAUUUUUUAAAGUAUCGUGAUUAGGUAAUUUAUUCUUUAACAUACAAUGUUUAACACUAUAUCUAUCCUUGCCCUCAACAUUAUCUAAGUCCUGGUAUAUAAAUUUUUCUCCAAACAUUGUUACUGUAAACUGUAAUAGUUACAAAAAAAUAUACAAGUAAUUAUUAAAAAUAUAUAUUUUUAGUUGAUUUUAGUGUCAAUGUGUGAAUCGGAGAUAACAUGUAUUUGUGUAAUUAUUAACGCCCACACUGUUCCUUAUUGAUAAGUCAACAGAAACAAUGUUUAUGAUAACUCAGCUAACUGUUCUUGAACUAUGAGAUAUUUUUGUUUGUAUUCUUUACAACUUAUCAUUUACUCUGU